AUUCUCUCUAUACUUGAGAGCUGCUGCUGCUGCUGAUCAGUCGUGUUUCUCGCGCGCGCACAGUGCGUGUGCAUGCAAAAUAUUAUACAGGAAGAGAGCAGCACGAGAUAUUACUAUAUCGGAUAUUAUAAAAUAAUCAACCGAUAGAUAUAAUAAUGGUACGCGCUUGGCUGAUGGACGAUGAUAGCGCGGCCGACCAGCGGCUCGAGCACCAACGCCAACCGGCCGUGUUCCUCGAUCUCGAGGAGCUCCUGCGACGCACUGGCGUUGAGUAUUUUCAGAUCGACGCGAACAACUACGAGACGGACGAGACCCUGGCCAAAUUGAGAGAGGAGCGCGGUUACAGCUACGAGGACGAGAUAACGUGCUCCAAGGAGUGCUUGGCCAACUACGAGGAGAAGCUCAAGAACUUUUUCACCGAGCACCUGCACACCGACGAGGAGAUACGCCUCGUGCUGGCGGGCUCGGGCUACUUCGACGUGCGCGACCACCUGGACGACCAGUGGAUACGCAUCGAGGUGCGGGCCGGCGACCUCAUCAUCAUUCCGAGCGGCAUCUACCACAGAUUCACCCUCGACACGAAUGAUUACAUAAAAGCCAAGCGCUACUUCGUCGGCGAGCCUGUCUGGCUGCCCUACAAUCGCCCGGUCGACCAUAUGGACUGUCGUAAACAAUAUCUGGAUCGCAUGCGCCAACGUCAAAGCCAGUAUUAGAGCUGCUGCUGUUGUGUUGGGGCUCGUUUAAUUUUCGUGUAUUUUAUCAUUAUCAUACAUACGUAUGUAGAGCAAAGAGGAGGAGGAGGAGAAGGACACAAGGCAAUCGUAAAUUUCGUCACCCCCGCCGCCGCCUCGAGCGAGAAAGAGGAUUGUAAAUAUUUGACAAUGCGAAAUAUCUCUGAUAUCAAAGGAAAAACAUGGAAUGAUUCGUCACACAAUUUUCUUUUUUUUGUUUUUUUCAUGAUUUUUAUUUACGAUGUGAAAAUGCGUAAUAAAAUCGUUCAAUUGCACUCGUAACAAAAUAUAUAAACGUAAUUAUUGUACGAUGAUGUAACGCUUGUAAAAUCUCCUGUACUCUUCCGAUGUAAUUAUUCGCAAGCACUCGAAUAAAAUUUACACUUUUUUUUUUUUAA